AUGAACGACUUCGACGUCCUAAGUUUGGCUGAUGACCGCGAUGUUAUGUCGUAAAACUUCUAGGACAUUUCGGUGAAGAAGUAGCUUUGUUCCGGAUGUAAAUUGAUCAUGUGGUAUUCUAGUCGUUCAGCUUGAGGUCGAAAAGCUGGCGCGCCAGCGCAGGUCGUCAUCUCUAACGAUAGCAGUUCCGGUCGAUGGGCGUGUCCCGUUACGAGUAAUUCGUGUCCGUUUUCAGCGGACUGGGGAGCCGUCGUAUGUGCCUGUCCGGACCAGCUCAGAGGCAUAUUAGAUGCAACGCUUUUGGGAAACUUGUUGACACAGUGUAAAUAUGGCAACAUUCCUAAAGUCACUGGGCGUCUUCUAUUAUAUUAUCGUCAAUUUGAUUUUUGAGCGGUGGCUCUUUCUUAAUUUUUGUCUAUGUGUGAUUAUCAAUAAUCAAUCACGGGUGUCAAGAUAGGACAAUGUAAAUGUGUGAUUAUUGGAUGUCAAAAUAGGACUCCAACAAGAAUGUAAUAGGACUAUAUGUGUACAGGUCAAAGACGACAAGGGAGCACUCCUCAAUCUACAUAGGACUACAUGUAGAGCAAGGGUACUCGUAUGAUAUCUAGGCGAACUCAGUUGUUGAAGCCUUCACAGUUGUAGAAGACUUCACUCCAGCUGACGUACAAGUUCUCGCCUCAUCUCUAAUCACAUCUGAGGCGAGGCCUGACGCAGGAAGAAAACACGAUGCAGACACCUCUGAGGCAGGAAGGAAGCACGACCAAAACCACUUGGGAUUUGACCCAGAAAGAGACGACUUCUAAGGAGUUCCAGGAAGACAGGACGACCCAGC